AUGAAGCCCGCCAACACAUCGGCAUUGCUCAAUGCCUUCCAGGGCCUGAGGUUAUGCGCCUCUUCGCCUCUGCGACAACUCAGCAGCCCGGCCCAACAAUCCUUCAGGACGUUCGAUGCAACCCGACGACUUCAAAAUGUCCGAGCCUUUUCGACGACUCCCUCAAUGCUAGGCAGCUGGCUUGAGCCAAACCUGAACCGAAAGAAGAAGAUGGCAAAGGGACGUCCCCGUGUGGCUACUGGUGGUUCGACAAAGGGCACUACGGUGAUUUGGGGCGACUAUGGGUUACGAAUGACAGAUCACCACCGAAGAAUCAGUGCAAAGCAUUUGAAGAUGGCCGAGGACACCAUUAAAGUGCGAAUGCGAGGACAGAAGUACCGAUUGUACAAGAGAAAGAACUGCAACGUUGGUGUCUACAUCAGCGGUAACGAUAUGCGUAUGGGUAAGGGUAAGGGUUCUUUCGACCAUUGGGCAACCCGAAUGGCUGUCAACCAGGUCCUGUUCGAAAUUCGAGGAAACGUCCAUCAGCAAGUUGUGAGGGAUGCCUUCCGCUUGGCUGGCAACAAGCUGCCUGGUCAAUGGGAGUUCGUAAUGAAGGGAGAUGCUCCGAUUGUCGGCAUUACCAAGUUGGAUGGUGUGACCCUGGAAGAAUUGAAGAGACCUCGAAGGCACAUUGCUCCUGUGGAGAUGUUGAAUGCUUCUCCUACCACAACCGAGACUAUGGUCGGAAGCACUUCAGAGUCUUCUCGCAAUCCCUAG